UUUCCUUUUUUCCAAUAUCAUUAGUUAUUUUUAUUUUUAAAAGUAUUAAUAUUUCAAAUUUUAAACUUACAAACAAAUAAAUAAAGAACAAAAUAUGAUGAAGUGGAACAAAAUAAAAUGGAAUGAAGCGAAAUCACGACAGAAUAUAACAGAACGGAACGAAACGGAAUGAAACAAUUUAGUAAUUCGAACCAAGAUGGUACUGGAAAGUACGAUGAUAUGUGUUGACAACAGCGAUUAUAUGAGAAAUGGAGAUUUUUUACCAACACGACUGCAAGCACAACAAGAUGCUGUUAAUUUAGUUUGUCAUUCAAAAACACGAUCGAAUCCCGAAAAUAAUGUUGGUUUGAUAACACUAGCUAAUGUUGAAGUAUUAGCUACACUUACUAGUGACGUAGGCAGAAUUUUAUCAAAACUUCAUCAAGUCCAACCAAAUGGUAACCUAAGUUUAAUUACAGGAAUACGCAUUGCACAUUUAGCAUUGAAACAUCGUCAAGGUAAAAAUCAUAAAAUGCGUAUUGUGGCUUUUAUUGGUAGUCCUAUAGAAAUUGAUGAGAAAGAACUUGUAAAAUUAGCAAAAAGAUUAAAAAAAGAGAAAGUUAAUGUAGAUGUGAUUAGUUUUGGUGAAGAAAGCAUUAACAAUGAAGUGUUAACAGCUUUUAUCAAUGCUCUUAAUGGAAAAGAUGGAACAGGCAGUCAUUUAGUCACAGUUCCACCUGGGCCACAUUUAUCUGAUGCAUUGAUUUCUUCUCCUAUUAUUCAAGGAGAAGAUGGAAUGGGUGGUACAGGUAUGGGAGGGUCUGCUUAUGAAUUUGGUGUUGAUCCAAAUGAAGACCCAGAAUUGGCAUUGGCAUUACGUGUUUCUAUGGAAGAGCAACGUCAGCGUCAAGAAGAUGAAGCACGUCGUGCACAAGCUAAUGAAGCAGCUACAAAUAAACCACCAGAAACGAUUAAAGAAGUGCAUAAUGAAGAAGCAAUGUUAAAGCGUGCUCUUGCUAUGUCACUUGAGGGUGCAGAAACAUCAUCAUCAACAGCUGAUAAUACUGUUCCUGCUAACAUAAAUGCACCUGAUUUUGCACGCAUGACCGAGGAAGAACAAAUUGCUUUUGCUAUGCAGAUGUCUAUGCAAGAUCAACAAGAACUUGAAUCUCUAAAAGAAGAAGCAAUGGAAGUUGAAGAAGAUUAUGCUGCUGUAAUGUCUGAUCCAGCAUUCUUACAAUCUGUUUUGGAAAAUUUACCAGGUGUUGAUCCUCAUUCAGAAGCUGUUCGUCAAGCCGUUGGAUCUCUUCAACAAAACAAGGAUAAGGACAAAGAAAAAGAGAAAGAAAAGGACAAAGAUAAGGACAAAGAUAAGGACAAAGAUAAAGACAAGGAAAAAAAAUAAAUUUGUGCUCAUUAAAUAUUCUUUAUAUUAAUCAAUGUUCUUUGAAUAUCUUAUACCAAAUAUAAGUUCGAAUUUUUCAGAACUUUA